UGAGCAGCACUUGGGAAGCAGCCAUGGAAGAGCCGCUUCCAGCACGACAAACUCUGCCGUGUGGUUUUCCAGGCCACAAGGAGCUGGAGGCCCUCAAAUACGCUGAGGUGGCCGCGGCCGCAUCUGUGAGCCGGCAGACUGGGAAGGCCUGCAUAUUUGGCACAACGUCCCUUGUCUCCCACUGCCUGAGGAAGGGGGAGGACAUCGCCUUUGUCCUGAAGGACAUAGGAGUGCUCCUCAUCGAGGGAACAGGAGUGCACAUCAAGUUCUACUAUGACUUCCUGGCGAAGAUCAGCGGGAAGGAGAACCUAGAAAAAGUGGUUUUCAAGGUCCCCUGGCUGCUGGACAUGCUGGUGUCCCGGGUG